CUUGUUCUUCCCCAGUGUAGCUGUUAGCUCCGUGCCUGCCGGCUGUUUGAAUGGUUUAGCGGCGGACAGGAAAGCUGAACUGGGAUGAGAGUUCUAUAAAACUCGCAUUGCUUAAAAAGAAGAAGAGGAACCAGACUGCCCGGGGUUGAAAAAAGGUGAGAGUGAGAGAGUGAUAGAGCAAGAGAGCGAGAGAGUGAGUGAGUGAGAGAGAGAGCGAGCAGAGAGAGAGAGAGGCCAUGGAGCAGCAGAGACAGAGGGCUCUCUCCACAUCAGGAGAAUCGCUGUACGCUGUGCUGGGAGUCGACAAGAGCGCCACGACAGAGGACAUCAAGAAAUGUUACAGGAAACUGGCUUUGAAGUUUCACCCAGAUAAGAACCCGGACAACCCAGAGGCAGCUGAGAAGUUUAAGGAAAUCAACAACGCCCACUCCAUACUGGUCGACGCCACCAAGAAGAACAUCUACGACAAAUACGGCUCGCUGGGGCUCUAUGUCGCAGAACAGUUUGGAGAGGAGAACGUCAACACCUACUUUGUUCUGUCCAGCUGGUGGGCCAAGGCCUUGUUCGUCUUCUGCUGCCUGGCCACAGGUUGUUAUUUCUGCUGUUGCCUGUGUUGCUGCUGUAACUGUUGCUGUGGUAAAUGUAAACCUCGGCCGCCCAUGGACCAGGAGCCCGAGUUCUACGUCUCCCCCGAAGACCUGGAGGCCCAGAUGACCGCUGACGAGAGAGAUGGCGGUGAGCCCAUCGUGAUGCAGCCAUCCUCAGCCACAGAAACCACCCAGCUCACCUCCGAUGCCCACCACAGCUACAGGACCGACGCAUACUAAACACACACACGCACACACACACACACACACACACACACACACACACACACACACAUAUAUAUACAAACAGACAUUCAGUUCACAUCUGACAAGUAACCACAGCUACAGUAUCAACCAAUAACACACACUGCUCCACCACAAUCACAGGACUGAUACAUACUACACAGACACACAUUAGCAACACUUUAUUUGUCAGUUCAUCCGUAGCAUUAAUUAUUAAUUACACACACACACACACACACACACACACACAACACACACACACACAUAUAUAUACAAACAGACAUUCAGUUCACAUCUGACAAGUAACCACAGCUACAGUAUCAACCAAUAACACACACUGCUCCACCACAAUCACAGGACUGAUACAUACUACACAGACACACAUUAGCAACACUUUAUUUGUCAGUUCAUCCGUAGCAUUAAUUAUUAAUUACACACACACACACACACACACACACAAACACACACACACACACACACACCAACCAGCAAACAAUACAUUACUGACAGUUAGCAUUGGCUCACCAGCUCAGCCCAAACUUUUCCCUCUCUAAAUUCAAAAAGAGGUGGAGAGAGGAGAGAAGAGGAGGAAAGAAGUGAAAGAUGAGGAGAGAAAAAUAAACUUUUAACACUGGUUAGACAAAAUGUAAAGAAACAUGAGUGAUCCUGUGUGAACUUCUUCCUACACACACAUCAGACAACCAGUUUUAUUACGCAGUGUAACAGUCACUUUAAAGAGUGACAGACGCUCACAAUAAAAGGCUGUCAACAAAAAUAGCAAAUAUGCUUUAUAACAAUCAACAUGAUCCAAAUGUGAUCAGGAGCAUGGACCCCGAGUUAAACAGGGACAUACCAACUGUCUCACAGCAGGGCAGCAUUAAGGUUUUAGUAUUGACUUUGCAAAAUUUACUAAAUACAUUAGUAGAUGGUUUUAGCUGUAGGAGGUAUAAACUCCUUUUUUUUUUUUACACACUACAAAAAUUAUGAAUAGGAAGCAUGAAAACGGCUGAAGCUCAGCACAAAAACAAAGUAAAAGCCUUACAAUUCCUGCUGUUGUCGAUUAAACAGUGGGAAGUGUAGUACUGGAAGAUAAGUAACACUAAAAAUGUGCAAUGAAGUUUUACAGUAAUGCUUUUGUCAUGUGAGACAAAUUGUGCCAUAGUCGGCUUAAGGCAUAAAAUUGUGUUUUCACUUCUUAUAUUUCUUUUUCUGUAGUUUGUUAUUGUGAGCACCAGCACGGUCCUGAGAAAGACGCCUGUCGAGAUGUUGUGGAGGGAGGUGGAUGUUCUUCUUCUUUUGUUGCUUAAAUCUAAGAGUUAAGGAAGCCAUUGCGUGUAAUAAACUUUAUAUUGUUGGUUGUAGCUGUAAAAACACGUUGCAUCAUUUUUGUCAACUGCCGAUAUAGGACACAUGAUUCAGCACUUUGUUGUUAAUGAGUCAGAAACAUUAUUUUCUGGUGCGUGAGAAAGAAGCUGUCUCCUCCGAGCUCGCUGGGAAACUUCUUCUCGCUCUGCUCCACGCUGGCUGGAAGUAGGUCAGUGACCCUAUCUUUAUGUUCUGUGAGGAGCUGAUAGGACUUGGUGGGGGUGGGGGUAGAGGUGUUUAUUUGUCCUCAAUACCCUUAUGAACAUGAUCACAGGACACACAACACACACCCACCCCCUCGGUAUGGAGAGGGCAGCUCGCACGUCAACAGGUGCCACACUGGCAUCGAUUCCCCCUCACUUCUCUUAAAUCAAACAAAAAGUGGUGGUUCAGAAAGUUCAGUGCGUCUUCAUUCUGAAGUAACUGCAGGUUUUGCUUCGGCAGACGGAUGGUCCCUACAAACCAACAAGUUAUCACAAAAGUCCGAGACAGUUGGAAAGAGAUUCCUAAAGAUUUGAACUAAUUAUGUUUGAUGAAUGUGGCCUGUAGCCUCCUGUUAGCAUGUCAGCUCUCUCUGUCAUCCAGCACAGUUACCGCUGCACAAUUAACCAGAGGAGGUUUCAGAUUCUUCUGGAAACUGUGCAGCUGCUGGGACUGAAUCUUAACCAUCCCUUGCACGUGUGACCAUGACUGAACAGAUAGCUGGAAAUCAACACCAGCCAGCAGUCAAGUAAUACUGCAAAUGUUUACUGUCACUGGUGGGUUUUUUUCUACUCCAUCCAGGGUCCAUGGAAAGUCUUGUAGUGAUCAGUUACUCUUAUUAUUUAAUGACAACAUAAUCACACUGCUUCAGUUUCACAGUUAGUCACAUUAACACAACUGUGGAUUCAAUGCGAUCCUCCUCCUCUCUCUCACUUUCUUCUUCUUCACUUCUUCCUGUGUGUUCGCUUUUCCUUCCACAUGUGAAGGACUGAGCUCACUGGUUGACAUUUAAAGCUGAGUCCAGUGUUACUAGUGCCAGACGUUACGUUACCAGUACAUUACCAUAUAUUAGUGACCUUUCGCUGUCCCCCUGAAGGACAUACCACACACACACACACAUACACUGAUUGAGCCCGAUUUUUGUUUGUUUUUAGUUUUCAAUUUGUUUUGUGAGAAAGUAAAAGAUACUGUACAUGUUGUGUAAACUGUGUGUUUAGAUUUCACUGUAUUUCUUUGAGGAGGUCGGAAAUUUGAACACUUUUUUUUUUUCUUCUGUUCAUCUCUGUAGAUUUGCUUUUCAUUGUUUUUCUUAUUUAUGUUAAUGAAUGGAGGAUAUCGAUAUCCAAAGUCUUACUUGUUUGUGUGGCAGCAGUUUAGCAGAUUAUACAAUUCUCAAAGCAAAUGGAAAGCAGUUUACAUCAGACUGAUUAGUUAGGGUAUGAUUUUCCAGAAUAACACUUAAUUUUUUGUAGUUCCUCUUUAUUUGUGACACACGAGUAUCACUCUCACUGCUAUUGUAGAAAACACAGGAACAUUGUGGUUGUUUGUGUCAACUGUUUAAUUUUUGUAAGAAAAAAAACAAAAAAAAACCCUCACACCUAGAUCCACAGGCUAAUUUGCUGACUAUAUUUCCUUUGAUUGCUCAAUCAAACACACACUCAUGUAUUUAUACAUAUCAUGAGAAAGUGCAAUAAGAGCUAAAUAAGUCUCUUCCAUGGCUGCCCUCCAGUUCUAGACUUCCAAUUGCAAUUUUUAAAGGUUUCAGGAAAUCUGCAGGUUCACAAAAAAUCUUUUAAAAAACGUUUUAGGCCACAAAGAAGAAUGAGAUCAAGUUAUGAGACGUCUUCACCAUUAAAUCACACAAAUUCUUUUAGAUCAGUACAAAUCAGAGUUAACACAUUUGAACACAGGUUGAUGUCGGAUUUUUAUUCCUUGUUUCGGUUUUUAAGUUUGUCCUCAAAUUUUUCAAAUUAUAUUUCCAGUCCAAUUUUGGAUUAAAAAGAUCUUUCAGGAGCCGUUUUAAAGGGUUUUUAUGAAACCUGCAGAUGCUCUGUUUUAACCAAAUUUCUCUUCACCUGACUAGUUUUUGUGCUUCAUGUCAUGUAAUCACUGCCUACUGAAAUGUCACAUUGUUAAAUCCCUAAUCCCUGAUAUAUUUCUGUCAUUUCUCCUCUUUUGACCAAACAUGCAGCAGUGUCUGAACAAAUGCAGCGCGGAGUCAACAAACUUCCAUUGUUAGAUCCAAAACAAUGACAUGAAUAUAGCAACCAGAUGAUAAUAAUAUUGAAGCAUUAUUUUAUUUAUUUUAUUUUUCUUAUCUUUUUAAUAAUUGAUUAACGACUAGCUGGUAUGUCAAGGGGAUGUAUAGCAUUUUAGAUGUGAACCAUUUUGACGACAUGACAAAAUGGCAGACCUGCUGUAUAUACACGCAGUGGCACAGUACAUACAGACGUAGAGUUUUCUGUUUUUAGCAUGGACUAAUAAUGUUUUCGUCUGUCAGGCAGACGUAUGGGUAAAUUAAGUAUCUGAUGUACUGUUGUAAAAUAAAUGUUUCUGAUGCUUCAGAG